AUGCGCGAAUGCGUCCUUGCGCAGCCACAAGCGUGGCCUAAGCUUUCUGCGCCACAUGUGAACCAUUUGGCCGCAGGCUGUCACAAGCUGCCGUGCCUGGCGCGGAGCCCGCCAGCAGCCGUCGCGGGGGCCCCGGCGCCCGAACCACCAAGCCACCGCCUGUCAGAGGCCGCAGGUCUCCUGAGGGAGCUCAACAGGCAGCUCAUGGGGCUCGACCUGCCCGUCUCUGCUGAGCUCCAGGCCAAGGCGGCGCUCCUGUCGAGCGACGUGCUGAGCCGCUGCGAGGCCGCGCUGCCGGGCGCGGCGGAGGAGACGGUGUGGGCGGGCGGGGAGCUGUCGCCGGCGGCGCUCGGCGUGCUGCGGGCCGCCUCGUCAGCGUACUUCACGCUGCACGCGUACUGCUCUAGCGACGCUGCAGUGGUGGAGGGCCUCCACACAGAUGCAGCGGCGCGCCUGCAGCAGCUGCUGGGAGCGCCUGGCGGCAACAGGCUGCUGCCGCUCUUUGGGCCAGGCAAUGGCCGCUGGGCCGGCCUGGCGCUCAUCAGCCUGCAGUCAUCGAAGGGCGGGGGGUACGCGGCGGCGACGGAGGACACUGCAGGGCGCAUGAUGCGCGGCGCGGCCUUCUUCAACCUGCUCGAGGGAUGCGUGCCGCUGCUCGCCGUCGGCACCGGCCCCGACACGGUGCUGCAGCUCGUCAUGCCGCGGGCGCGCGCGACGCUGACUCAGCGGCUGCUGGGCCCGACGCUGCCUGUCCUGGUGGACGUCCACGUGGGGCAGCUGCCGCAGGCCGGCGGUGACGGCGGGGACGGCGGCUGUGGUGGCGGCGGCGAGCAGGGAGGCAGCAAGGGUGCCGGGGCGGGCUGGGCGCUGGGCGCACGCAAAGCUCUACUCUGGCGCAGCGUCAAGCUGCCGACUGACACGGAGCUGGCGCGCUGGCUGCGGCAGGUGGUGGUGGCUGUCGAUGACCUGCACGCGGCGGACAUGGCCCAAGGGGAUGUCAAAGCGGACAACUGGUUAGUGCUGGCUGGCCCUGCUGAGUCGGAGCACGCAGCAGCGGGCGACAUGGACAGCUUCGCGGUGCCUUUCCAUACGGGCAGCCUGGCUGGCAGCGCGCAGUUCUCCUACCACAGCCCGGAGCGCGCUUUGGACAAUGUGUGUGGCAGUGCAACGCCCCAGGACGAUGUUUGGGGGAUUGGCGCCAUGGCCCUCAGCCUGGCGUUUGGGGUGCGGCAAACAGAGCUGCUGUCAACCGUCAUGACCCCGGGCGCGGCCGGGCCGGAUCGUGCGAAGCUACAGGAAGUUGCGAUGCAGCUGACAGGCGCUCCGCUGGACGCCUUGUUUGAGGAGUUUGUGUGCUGCUGUCUGCGCGGCAAUCCCACAGAGCGCUUGUCGGCCGCGCAGCUCCUGGCCUCCCCCUUCCUGGCUUCGGCAGCACUCGACACGGCAUACGGCGCCGAUGCUGCAGGCCACAGCUCGGGCAGCUGCGUCGGGGCCGUGGUGGCGGAAGCUACUGCAGAGCAGCAGCAGCAGCAGCAGCAGCAGCAGCAGCAGCAGCAGCAGCAGGCCGUCAAAUCAGGGCUGCCCCUUGGCGUCAGCCUGGCGCUCUCAGCAGUCCAGAUCCUCACCACAGCCUGUCAAGACAUGGGAAACGAUGCGAAUGUCAAUUUCACAAGCAGCAUGCAAGCCCAGAUGUCAGCAAUGCAGCUGGAAGUCUUGCAAAGCGACCUGCUGCAGCUGGUUGGGGCCACGCUGGGCCUCACAGAGACGUGGCUGCAGACACAAGGCGAUGCCAUGCAGGAAUCCAUGCAGAGGGCCAUGGCACUUUUGACCUGA